ACAGAUAUUCCUGCAGUGUAGUGUUCGAGAAGGGAUAGGCAGGCGUGCUAUUCCGUCAUGUGAUUCUCCUUUUUUCUUCCUACAGUCCUCCUUCGAAGUUGAUUUUCAAGCGAGGCAGUGCUGGUGCCUCCUCAAUCUCGGCAUCUGGAGUGCUAACUAGAUGCGGUGACUUUCGUCCCGACUCACCUUAUUUUUCCACACCCGGCGUAGUUUUCAACAACUUUUUAAGAUGGCCGGGGCAAUUAUUGAAAACAUGAGCACCAAAAAGUUGGUGAUCGUGGGAGUGAUUCUGCUUUUGUUCCAAGCGUUUUCUUUUAUGGUCGGUGGCUUGAUUGCUCCCAGCCCCACCACGGCAGUCCACUACCUGGCUACCAAAUGUGUGGACGCGGUCAAAGGUCACCAGAGUGGCAGGUGGUUCAUGCCCUGGGGCCCUAACCAGUGCGACAAGAUCCAGGACUUUGAUGAGGCUAUGUCCAAGAAGAUCGAGGCCAACGACAUCGUGUUUGCCGUCCACAUCCCCCUGCCCAACAAGGAGAUGAGCCCCUGGUUCCAGUUCAUGCUGGUCAUCUUGCAGUUUGACAUCGCCUUCAAAAUGUACAACCAGAUAGAGGAUGGAGCAGUGGCCACCAUUGAUGUAGGUGUGGCCUACAGGGAUGACAUGCUCGGUGAAUGGACAGAGAUGGCCCACUCCAUAGAGCGAAGGAAGCUUAGCUGUAACUUCACCACCACUAAGACGUAUGAGAACGAGGGUCGCUACUACGAGUGUGACCUGCUGCCCUUCAUGGAACUGGGCAAUGUGGCCCACAAGUACUACCUGCUCAACAUCCGCCUGCCCGUCAGCGAACGCAAUAAGAUCAACGUGGGCAUUGGGGAGAUCAAGGACAUCCGUCUGGUGGGUAUCCAUCAGAACGGCGGUUUCACCAAGGUGUGGUUUGCCAUGAAGACCUUCCUCACGCCCAGCAUCCUCAUCAUCUUGGUGUGGUACUGGAGACGCAUCACCCUCAUGACACGACCUCCUGUGCUGUUGGAAAAGGUGAUCUUUGCCCUGGGCUUGUGCAUGACGUUCAUCAACAUCCCGGUGGAGUGGUUCUCUGUGGGGUUCAACUGGACCUGGAUGCUGCUGUUCGGGGAUAUCCGGCAGGGCAUCUUCUACGCCAUGCUGCUCUCCUUCUGGAUCAUCUUCUGUGGAGAGCACCUCAUGGACCAGAUGGAGAGGAACCGUUUCUCAAUCUACUGGAAGCAGGUGGGACCCAUUGUCUUCGGCUCCUUCUGCCUCUUCAUCUUCGACAUGUGUGAGAGGGGAGUCCAGUUGAAGAACCCUUUCUACAGUAUUUGGGCUUCCGACGUGGGGACUGAGUUGGCUAUGGCGUUCAUCAUCGUGGCGGGGAUCUGUGCCUGUCUCUACUUCCUCUUCCUGUGCUUCAUGGUAUUCCAAGUGUUCCGCAACAUCAGUGGGAAGAGGUCCUCCCUGCCCGCCAUGUCCAAGGCCAGACGCCUGCACUAUGAGGGGCUCAUCUUCCGGUUCAAGUUUCUCAUGUUGGUCACUCUGACCUGCGCUGCCAUGACUGUCAUCUUCUUCAUCAUCAGUCAGGUGAACGAGGGCCACUGGCACUGGGGAGACUACACGGUGCAGGUGAACAGUGCCUUCUUUACAGGGAUCUACGGAAUGUGGAACCUCUACGUGUUUGCCAUCAUGUUCCUGUAUGCUCCCUCACACAAACGCUACGGAGACGAGCAGUCCAGGGAUCUACAAGAUCACUGCUCGCAUGAUCGCCGGAUUGCUCCAUCGCCACUGGACCCCCUUCCUCUCUCCGCUACUGGACUGUCUGCAUUCCUCUGUGUGUGCAAGUCUACGCACCAGUUAACCCACUGUUCCUUGGCCGUCAUUGAAAAUAAGAAUUUGUUCUUAACUGACUUGCCUAGUUAAAUUAAGGGUCAAUUAAAAAUAUAUAUGUAAAUAGCUGUAGGCUGCUGUCAGACGACCAGAAAGCCAUUUUUUUCGGACCAUGGAGACUAGAAGGGCAUAGUGAGCGUUUUUAUGUCCCAGUACUAGUUAGUGGCCAGUUAACAUUGAAUGGAAUGUUGGACUCAGUCUCUAUGUCAUGCACAAUCAGUGAAGAGGUAAUGUCGAGACUGAAAGCUGCUGAUGUUCUUCCCUGUUCUCAGCUAGCCCCCAGCAAUGUGUUUUUUGUCGGUUGUGGUGGUCUGACUACGAAGCCCAAAUGUAAAUACUGUAUGACCUGGAAAUAAAAGUUUACUAAUCAAAGUUCACUGUGCCCUCUCUGGCCAACUAGAGUUUAUCUUCGGGAAAAAUCGUGAUCAAGUCUGUCCUUCAGAAGAUGAAGUCUAAUAAGAAGUACUGGGAAGGCAUCUCCUCCCCGAGUGUGAGCAGUUCCUCAGGCAGGGCAGGCCCCGAGUCGACAAGCAAGAUUGGUACGGUAAGGCAAGCUCUAGUCUUCUUGGGUAUGAGGCUACAAGCUUGGCACACCUGUAUUUGGGGAUUUUCUCCCAUUCUUCUCUGCAGAUCCUCUCAAGCUCUGUCAGGUUGGAUGGGGAGUGUUGCUGCAGAGCUAUUUUCAUGUCUUUCCAUAGAUGUUUGAUCGGGUUCAAGUCCGGGCUCUCGCUGGGCCACUCAGGGACAUUCUGAGACUUGUCCCGAAGCCACUCCUGCAUUGUCUUGGAUGUGUGCUUAGGGUCGUUGUCCUGUUGGAAGGUGAACCUUCACCCUAGUCUGAGGUCUGGUGAGCUCUGGAACAGGUUUUCAUCAAGUAUCUCCCUGGACUUUGCUCCGUUCAUCUUGCCCUCGAUCUUGACUAGUUUCCCAGUCCCUGCCGCUGAAAAACAUCCCCACAACAUGAUGCUGCCAAACCAUGCUUCACCGUAGGGAUGAUGUUCUUGAUCACCUCCCUGACCAAGGCUUAUCUCCCGGGCAGACAGCUCUAGGAAGAUUCUUGGUGUUUCCAAACUUCUUCCAUAUAAGAAUGAUGGAAGCCACUGUGUUCUUGGGGACCUUCAAGGCUGCAGAUAUUUUUUGGUACGCUUCCCCAGAUCUGUGCCUCAACACAAUCCUGUCUUGGAUUUCUACAGACAAUUCCUCAUGGCUUGGUUUUUGCUCUGAUAUUCACUGUCAUCUGUGGCACCUUUUAUAGACAGGUGUGUGCCUUUCCAAAUCAUGUCCAAUCCAUUGAAUUUACCACAGGUGGACUCCAAUUAAGUUGAACAAACCUCUUAAGGAUGAUCAAUGAAAGCAGCAUGCACCUGACCUCAAUUUCGAGUCUCAUAGCAAAGGGUCUGAAUACUUAUGUAAAUAAGGUAUUUCUGUUUUCUAUUUGUAAUAAAUUUGCAAAGAUUUUGAAAAA